GACUCAUGUUCAGCUCUUCCUUUUAUUUGUGUCCCUUCCUCUCCAUCUGACCGACAUUCCACACUCCUUCACGAUUGAAUGCACAGAUUGUCAGUCUCAAUGUCGGAUAGUCUGCACAGCUCUUCCAGCUCACAUCUGGAACCCCCGCAGAAAGGUCCUGAGCUUGAGGAUCCCGGUGCUCAGGAGUCUGCCAGCGAAGAUGAUCAUUUUUCAGAUGCUAUCGAAGGCGAGCCUCAAUCUCAUUCCAGAAAAUCGUCCAGAGCAGCUUCUCCCGUGCCCAUAACCCGCGUUGAAAGAGUCGACGACGAGCCUCGUCAUGGAGAGGUGCCGGGCACAUUAGCAUACGACAAGAGGACACAAGAUGCCGUCCCUGAUGAAGUAGAGAUCGUCCCAGAGGGUUCACGGAGCCGAAGUUCUUCGAGAGUAAGAGAACCAACCAGUCCUGGUGGGACGCCCAUACCACGGACGACGGUUAUCAAAGUGGACGAAACACCAAGCUACGGGGAAGUCCCAGGGACUGACGCAUACGACAAACGAAAAGCAGAUGCUGUUCCCGAUCUCGUACUGAAAACUACCGGAGACGAACAAAAGCCACAGGAAUUGCACAGGGAAGAUUCGGACCAGUCAGUCCCUGAAACUCGACUAUUCAGGGUAGAUUCACUUCCCAAGGAACCAGGAUCGCCGGGACUUCACGCCCACCGCAGGAGCCCAAGCGAUGCAUUGCCCGAUGUUAUUGAGACCGUGCAUGAUACGACCGGUGAAGGAGAAAAUGAAGAUGAAGAAGGCGAUGACGACUUUGGUGAUGACUUUGAUGAAUUCGAGGAAGGUGCAAAUGCGCCAGCAGAUGAUGAAUUUGGCGAUUUUGACGAAGGAUUUGGUGAACCAGUAGAGGGCGCCGGUGGAGCUGAAUCGGGAGAGGGUGAAGUUUUACAACCCUCAACGCCGCUACCUCUCCCGCCGUUGUUAGACUUCAACUCCAUGACAUCCCUAUCCGAUCUCUUAUCCACAACUAAUGACUCUCUUAAUACCCUAUUUCCCGAAACAAAAACAGUCUCAUCCCUACCACCAUUGGAACCGAUAUCAGAUUCUACAGCUAUCUUCAGUAGCGAACGUUCACUUUCUUUAUGGUCACAAUUAGUUGCACCGCCGCCGUUACAACCUCCGAACUGGGUCAAAUCUCGCAUUCGACGCCUGUUUCUUGUCUCUCUCGGCGUUCCAGUUGACCUGGACGAGAUAUUACCAGCCUCAAAACAGAAAAAGCUUAUACUGCCGUCCAUCAAUCCGGAAGACUCCAGUACUUCUGCUCGCAAUCUUUCAAAAGCAACAGACAGAUCAAAACAAGGCGAUGCCCCGCAGAACGGCUCUACAACAUCAGUCAACUCUACAAUCAUGCGACAAAAGUCAAAUCGACGUCGAGGCCAACCGUCUCCUCCAGAGCUAGACCUGUUCGCAGUAAGACGGUUGUGCGCAACUACAGAUGCAGCAUUGGAUGGAUUUACAGACUCGGAACUUGAGCAGCACGUGGAGUCACUCCAAACGGCAUCUAAAAAGGCAAAGGACGUGCUCGACUAUUGGGUCAAAAGAACAGAUGGACUCAUAGGGGAAAAGGAAGCUUUUGAGGGAGUGAUUGAGAAUCUUGUCAAUCACGCUCGAAGAGCACGAAAGUGAAAAUACCUUCCGUAUUGUCUCAUCCUGUUGAGUUAAUGUAUAAUUAUAAUAAUGUCGAUGAUCGCAUCAUGAGGGUUGUUAGGCGAUCUGGUAUCUGACCUUUCAAAGUUGGUGGAUGAGAAAUGCGGACUUGGGAUUGGGUGAUGAUUUCCUUUCUAUUCUUGUAUAUAUUACUACUAUCUAUCACGAAUUAUCUUCAAAUUUUACAGUUUGUUAUCUC